UCGAGUUCUUCAUCGUUUUCACUGGUAAAAGAAAAGAACUCCAAGAAUGGACCAGUACUUAACUGGUGAGUCGUGACUCUGACAUUUUGAGUUGGAUUGAAGUUCCGGGGCUCGAUUAGGUUGAGGUGGUUCGUUUUGCUUCAAUUUGCGCUUUCUUGAAGAGUUUGGACUGAGUUUUUGGCCAUGGCUCGGCAUCAUGGAUGGCAACUUCCAGCCCACACCUUUCAGGUUGUGGCUAUAACAGUUUUUUUCUUGCUAUCAGUCGCAUAUUAUGCCUUUUUUGCCCCGUUUCUUGGAACGGAAAUAUAUGAAUAUGUAGCUAUUGACGUUUACUCUGUCUUGGCACUCUCUGUAUUUAUUCUUUAUGUUCGAUGCACGGCUAUUGACCCCGCUGAUCCUGGAAUUCUGCUUGAUGCUGACAAGACAUAUGCCUAUAAAUCUGCCAAUGACAGGGAUCUGCAUGGGAAUGCAUCUUCUAUUGAAGAAUCUGGCAAGAUAGGAUUAAAGGAUGGAGAGAAAUCUGAUAGUCAUGGUUCAGGUUGCCAUUCAAAAGUUGGACAUUUCUUUUGUGGUUUUCUUAUGAAAGAAGAUUGCUGUAGAGAUGAUUUUCUACAGCAACAAUCUGGAGAUGAGGAUGCUUUAUUUUGCACAUUAUGUAAUGCUGAGGUACGCAAGUUCAGCAAACAUUGUAGAAGUUGUGACAAAUGUGUUGAUGGAUUUGAUCAUCAUUGCCGGUGGUUGAAUAACUGUGUAGGGAGGAAAAAUUAUGUGACGUUCAUUUGCCUCAUGGCUGUGAGUCUCAUUUGGCUUAUUGUUGAAUGUGGGGUUGGCAUUGCUGUAAUUGUCCGAUGCUUUAUUGAUAAAAAGGGUACAGAGAACCAGAUAGCUGAUAAACUUGGAGUUGGAUUCUCCCAGCCCCCUUUUGCUACUGUGGUGGCCUUAUGCACGGUUGUUUCUUUCCUAGCCACUGUGCCUUUGGGAGAACUAUUCUUUUUCCACAUGAUACUGAUUCGAAAGGGUAUUACAACUUAUGAGUAUGUUGUUGCCAUGAGAACCCAAAGUGAACCGCCUGGUCCAUCUCUAGAUGGUGGUGAUCAACAAAGUCUGGCAUCAUCACCAACUGGUUCAUCUGUGACUGCUAUAAGUGGUAGAAGCUCUCUUGGAAUGGACUUGCAAUAUAAAGGUGCUUGGUGUACCCCUCCAAGAAUCUUCAUGGACCAUCAGGAUGAAAUUAUAUCACAUUUGGAGCCAGGACGCCUACCAUCUACAGUGGAUCCAGAUGCAGUACCGUCUGACCUAGAAAAAAAAGUACCCCAGCGUCCAGUCCGAAUCAGUGCAUGGAAACUUGCUAAAUUGGAUUCUAAUGAGGCAAUUAAAGCAGCCACUAAAGCUAGAGCGUCAUCUUCUGUUCUCCGUCCAAUUAGUUCACGACAUCAUCCACAUGAUGCUGAUCGUUUAUCCAGUAGCAAUGUGAGUGGAAGAAGCAGUCCAAUAAGUACUGAUCAAGGGUUUCACAAUAGAUAUCCUAGAGCUAGGACAAUGAGGCUAUCCCUUCCCAAGAGCUCCUAUCCACCAAGUUGCACCAGCAAGGAAGAUAUUGAAACAUGUCAUCAUAGUGUGAAUAAUCUCAGCAGUCCUCAAUUCUCCAACCUCACACCUUCGCCAUUGGAGCAACAAACUGCACACGGAAAUCACUUCAAUCCUAUGUAUCAAUCGUCGGCAGAUCAAUCUCCUUGGUCAUCAAAGCGAAGUGAACAAAACAAAAAUGCAGUUCUUGAGAAUGUAGCACAAAUCCCUAGUAGAAAUAGCUACUUGGGUAUUGCUGAAAACACGAGAUCUUUAGUCUUCUGGGAUCAAGAAGCUGGACGUUUUGUUUCCUCAUCUUCCAGAGGUUUUGGAACCGAGCUUUUGUAUACAGGUCAAUCCAUUUUCUUUAGUGGGCCUGUUGUGAAUGAACAACCUGCCCAAGAAACAAGAGAUGGAAGCUCAGUGGCUGUUGGCAUGAAUCGAGGCUCUACAUCAAGUUAUUAUCAACAGGGUAGGUCACAAAGGGGUGGCCAGCUUCCUGUAUUUGUUCCAAGUGAUUCCAGACAAGACCAGUUCUCUUCUACAUUGCCCUGAGCAAGCCACUGGUUUCUUUUAGCAUAUCUGUAGAUCUAGAGCCUGGAUUUUUUUAGAUUCUUUUCUUUUUCGACUUGAUUUUUCUUUAUAGAUUUUGUGCAGCUCUUGGAUCUUUAUGCUAUA